AUCCCACUUCAGAUGAAGUCUUGUCCUGGUCUCAAAAUUUUGACAAGAUGAUGAAGGCCCCGGCAGGAAGAAACCUCUUCAGGGAGUUCCUGCGAACGGAAUACAGUGAAGAGAACCUACUUUUCUGGCUUGCCUGUGAAGACUUAAAGAAAGAGCAGAACAAAAAAGUAAUUGAAGAGAAGGCCAGGAUGAUAUAUGACGAUUACAUUUCUAUACUCUCACCAAAAGAGGUCAGUCUCGAUUCUCGAGUUAGAGAGGUGAUCAAUAGAAAUCUGUUGGAUCCUAAUCCUCACAUGUAUGAAGAUGCCCAACUCCAGAUAUAUACCUUAAUGCACAGAGAUUCUUUCCCCAGGUUUUUGAACUCUCAAAUUUAUAAGUCAUUUGUUGAAAGUACUGCCAGCUCUACUUCUGAAUCUUAAUUUUUAUUAAAGAAAACCAUUUUGGAGGGCUGUGAUGAAAAAUAAAUGUAAUUAUGUAACACCUGAAGCUGAGUUCCUGGAGAACUACAGUUUAGCAUUCCUCAGGCUACUGUGAAAAUACAACCAUAUGGUCUUUGUCUCCAUUUUUAUCAAGGUUUAUCCGUGGUUACUUUGGAGAAAAUACCACAUGAAACAAUGAAUUGCCAAAUUAAGUUUAUUUUGUUGAACACGCAUUCUACUUGCAAGCAAACUGUACUUGAGGUCCUAUGAAGUCUCCUAGUGUACCCAGAGACUGCAUGUGCCAAGUAAACCCGCUUCAUUUGCCACAUAGUUGUCGCAACACUUAAAUCCAAAUGGCAUAACUUAGGUCUGUAUUUAAGGACUUUUGUGCAAUAUGGUCUUAUAGAAAUAAUUGCCCAAAAGUUGGCUGUGGUUUGCAUUUUUAAAUAUAAUCUAAGACAGAAAAAGCCAAUUUUAAAAUUGUAACUCUGAUAGUCAACAUGCUAUAUACUGUGUUCAGUACACUAAUUUUGAAGCCAAUAUUUCUGUACAUGAAAAAAAGAGCUAUUUAUCUCUGUUUGUUGGAAGAUCCUCAUGGGGGAAUUCCUCUGGUUGUUCACUGCCAAAACUGUGGCAUUUUCAUUACAGAAGAGUUUGCUAUGUAAAAAAUAAUAUAUAUAAAAUAUGAGGAAAAAA